AUGUUUGGGAGAACUCUGUUUCCAGCCCGUGUUAUAGCUCUUGGCUCCGGCCUUUUCAGAACUCCCCUUAGAACUCUGGCUGCAGGGCCUGCACUCUCCAUUGGUGGGAUUUACCCUCCCAUUGCCACUCCAUUUACUGACAAAGAAGAGGUGGACUAUGGCAAACUGCAUGAGAACCUCCAGAAUUACAGCUCCUUCCCCUUCCGUGGGUUUGUCGUCCAAGGAUCUAAUGGAGAAUAUGCUUACCUGACCCGGGAGGAGAGACUGGAGGUAGUGCGGCGCGUACGCCAAGCUGUGCCCAAGGAAAAACUUAUAAUGGCUGGUUCAGGAUGUGAAUCUACACAAGCCACAAUUGAGAUGACUGUAGAGAUGGCUCAGUCUGGAGCUGAUGCUGUUCUAGUGGUGACACCGUCCUACUACAGAGGCAAGAUGACCAGCUCUGCACUUGUUCAUCAUUAUACUAAGGUAGCAGACCACUCCCCUGUGCCUGUGGUUCUGUACAGUGUACCUGCCAACACUGGUUUGGACCUACCUGUGGAUGCCGUAGUAACGUUGUCUCAGCACCCUAACAUCAUCGGCCUAAAAGACAGUGGAGGGGAUAUCACUCGCAUAGGCCUCAUCAUUCACAAAACCAAACAUCUGGGCUUCCAAGUUUUGUCUGGAUCUGCUGGAUUUUUACUGGCUGGAUAUUCUGUAGGUGCUGUUGGAGGAGUCUGUGCUCUGGCCAAUGUCCUCGGAGCUCAGGUCUGUGAACUGGAAAGACUUUGUCUGAAUGGUCGGUGGCAAGAAGCAAAGGAGUUACAGUACCGUCUUAUUGAACCAAACACUGCCGUGACGCGUAAGUUUGGCAUCCCGGGACUGAAACAAGCUAUGGAAUGGUUUGGUUUCAAUGGGGGCAAAUGCCGCUCUCCACUACUCCCAUUGACAGAGCAGGAAAUAAAGGAACUAAGGCACAUUUUCACUGUCAAUGGCUGGCUAUCAUUGUGAGAGGAUGAAGUCCAUUAUAUUAUGGGAUCUCCAAAACACUCAAUAUAUUUGCACAUUAUUGUUUCUUUCAGUAAUGUUACCUCGAUCAACUGACUUAUAAGCAUUAAAUAUGAAUAAAAAAUAUUUCAAUAUCAGUAUAAAAAUAUAUUAAUCAAUAUAAAUAACUUUACCUUGUAUUUCCUUAUUAUGUUUUUGGAGAGAAAUAUAUAAUGCUGAUGGGGAGGCAGAAGUUCAAGGGCUUUUUGGGGGUUGUAGCUGGUUUACUGCAAAGAUUUACUGAGGGUUUAUUUGCCAUAUAAAUAAUGUAAGCUCAGAAAUGACUGUGAUCCAUGUGCCAUAACUUACUAAAUGAUUCUGACUGACAACU